GGGCCGGCCCCCUGACCAGGAGCUGCGGGCGAAAUGGGCAAUGCUGCCCUCUGCCCUUCCUGCCACUCGGGGAGGAGCGUGAGGGCCCGUGGACACGCGCAGCAGGCGGACACAGCCCCCGACUACUACGGCUGCUGCGACAGUGCGGACCCCACGGAGCUGCGGGCGCGGUCGGACAGCAAUGCCAGCUUCCUCCGCGCCGCCAGAGCCGGCAACCUGGACAAAGUCGUGGAGUACCUGAAGGGCGGCAUCGACAUCAACACCUGCAACCAGAAUGGACUCAACGCGCUGCACCUGGCGGCCAAGGAGGGGCACGUGGGGCUGGUGCAGGAGCUCCUGGGCCGCGGCUCCUCCGUGGACUCCGCCACCAAGAAGGGGAACACAGCUCUUCACAUCGCCUCCCUGGCCGGACAGGCCGAAGUCGUCAAAGUUCUCGUCAAGGAAGGGGCCAACAUUAACGCCCAGUCCCAGAAUGGCUUCACCCCCUUGUACAUGGCUGCCCAGGAGAACCACAUCGACGUGGUGAAAUACUUGCUGGAAAACGGCGCCAACCAGAGCACUGCUACCGAGGAUGGCUUCACGCCGCUGGCGGUGGCCCUGCAGCAAGGCCACGACCAGGCCGUGGCGGUCCUGCUGGAGAACGACACCAAGGGCAAGGUGCGGCUGCCGGCGCUGCACAUCGCCGCCCGGAAGGACGACACCAAGUCGGCCGCGCUCUUGCUGCAGAACGACCACAACGCGGACGUGCAGUCCAAGAUGAUGGUGAACAGGACAACCGAGAGCGGCUUCACCCCCCUGCACAUCGCCGCCCACUACGGGAACGUCAACGUGGCCACCCUCCUCCUCAACCGUGGCGCCGCUGUGGACUUCACGGCCAGGAACGGGAUCACGCCUCUGCACGUGGCCUCCAAGAGGGGAAACACGAACAUGGUGAAGCUCCUGCUGGACCGCGGCGGCCAGAUCGACGCCAAGACCAGGGACGGGCUGACGCCGCUGCACUGUGCGGCCCGAAGCGGACACGACCAGGCGGUGGAGCUGCUGCUGGAGCGGGGUGCGCCCCUGCUGGCCAGGACCAAGAACGGGCUGUCCCCGCUCCACAUGGCCGCACAGGGGGACCACGUGGACUGCGUCAAGCACCUGCUGCAGCACAAGGCCCCCGUGGACGACGUCACGCUGGACUACCUGACGGCCCUGCACGUCGCUGCGCACUGCGGCCACUACCGUGUCACCAAGCUCCUCCUGGACAAGAGAGCCAAUCCCAACGCCCGAGCCCUGAACGGCUUUACCCCACUGCACAUUGCCUGCAAGAAAAACCGCAUCAAAGUCAUGGAGCUGCUGGUGAAAUAUGGGGCUUCCAUCCAGGCUGUGACAGAGUCUGGCCUCACGCCUAUACACGUGGCGGCCUUCAUGGGCCACCUGAACAUUGUGCUCCUGCUGCUGCAGAACGGCGCCUGCCCCGAUGUCACUAACAUUCGCGGGGAGACGGCCCUGCACAUGGCGGCCCGGGCGGGGCAGGUGGAGGUCGUGCGGUGCUUGCUGCGGAACGGUGCCCUGGUCGACGCCAGAGCCCGGGAGGAGCAGACGCCGCUGCACAUCGCCUCGCGCCUGGGCAAGACCGAGAUCGUCCAGCUGCUGCUGCAGCACCUGGCGCACCCCGACGCCGCCACCACCAGCGGGCACACGCCGCUGCACAUCUCGGCCCGCGAGGGCCAGGUGGGCGUGGCCUCCGUCCUCCUGGAGGCGGGCGCCGCCCACUCGUCGGCCACCAAGAAAGGCUUCACCCCGCUGCACGUGGCGGCCAAGUACGGCAGCCUGGACGUGGCCACGCUGCUGCUGCACCGGCGCGUGGCGCCCGACUCCGCGGGGAAGAACGGCCUGACCCCGCUGCACGUGGCCGCCCACUAUGACAACCAGGAGGUGGCUCUGCUGCUGCUGGAGAAGGGGGCCUCCCCUCACGCCACUGCCAAGAACGGCUACACGCCCCUGCACAUCGCGGCCAAGAAGAACCAGAUGCAGAUUGCUUCCACUCUGCUCAGCUACGGAGCCGAGACCAACGUGGUCACCAAGCAGGGCGUGACCCCGCUGCACCUGGCCUCCCAGGAGGGCCACACGGACAUGGUCGCCCUGCUCCUGGGGAAGGGCGCCAACGUGCACACGCCGACCAAGAGUGGACUCACCGCCUUACACCUGGCAGCCCAGGAGGACAAAGUGAAUGUCGCCGAUGUCCUCACCAAGCACGGGGCUGACCAGGAUGCCCACACAAAGCUGGGCUACACUCCUUUAAUCGUGGCCUGUCACUAUGGAAAUGUGAAAAUGGUCAACUUCCUCCUGAAGCAGGGAGCGGACGUCAAUGCCAAAACCAAGAGCGGCUACACGCCCCUGCACCAGGCCGCACAGCAGGGCCACACGCACAUCAUCAACGUGCUGCUGCAGCACGGAGCCCGGCCUGACGCCACCACCACGAAUGGCAACACCGCCCUGGCCAUCGCUAAGCGGCUGGGCUACAUCUCGGUGGUGGACACGCUGAAGGUCGUGACGGAGGAGGUCACUACCACCACGACCAUCACCGAAAAACACAAGCUGAAUGUCCCCGAGACGAUGACCGAGGUGCUUGAUGUUUCCGAUGAAGAGGCUUUUAAACAGACUGGUGACCACUUCAUUGAUGGGGAAGUGCUAAGUGACUCAGGUGACGACACGAUGACAGGGGACGGCGGCGAGUACCUGAGGCCCGAGGACCUGAAGGAGCUGGGUGACGACUCGCUGCCCAGCAGCCAGUUCCUGGACAGCAUGAACUACCUGCGCUACAGCCUGGAGGGGGGGCGCUCCGACAGCCUCCGGUCCUUCAGUUCCGACAGGUCCCACACCCUGAGCCACGCCUCCUGCCUGCGGGACAGCACCAUGACUGACGACGCCAUCCUGACCCCGGGCCACCAGGUGUCGGCGCUCACCAAGGAGGCAGAGAGGAACGCUUACCGCCUCAGCUGGGGCCCCGAGAACCUGGACAAUGUGGCCCUUUCUUCCAGCCCAAUUCACUCAGGCCGCGCCUCUCCGUGUCUCGAUCGCGACAACAGCAGCUUCCUGGUCAGCUUCAUGGUGGAUGCCCGCGGGGGCGCCAUGCGGGGCUGCAGGCACCACGGGCUGCGCAUCAUCAUCCCGCCGCGCAAGUGCACGGCCCCUACGCGGGUCACCUGCCGCCUGGUGAAGCGCCACCGACUGGCGACCAUGCCCCCGAUGGUGGAGGGAGAAGGCCUGGCUGGCCGCCUCAUCGAAGUUGGACCCUCUGGUGCUCAGUUCCUGGGUAAACUCCACCUGCCAGCGGCUCCCCCCCCACUUAAUGAGGGAGAAAGCUUGGUCAGCCGCAUCCUUCAGCUGGGGCCUCCUGGAACCAAGUUCCUUGGGCCCGUCAUCGUGGAGAUCCCCCACUUCGCCGCCCUCCGCGGGAGGGAGCGGGAGCUGGUGGUGCUGCGCAGCGAGAACGGGGACAGCUGGAGGGAGCACUGCUGCGAGCACACGGAGGACGAGCUCAACGAGAUCCUCAACGGCAUGGACGAAGUGCUGGACAGCGCCGAGGACCUGGACCGCAAGCGCAUCUGCCGCAUCGUCACACGCGACUUCCCGCAGUACUUCGCUGUGGUGUCGCGUGUCAAGCAGGACAGCCACCUGAUCGGGCCCGAGGGCGGCGUGCUGAGCAGCACCGUGGUCCCGCAGGUGCAGGCCGUGUUCCCUGAGGGCGCGCUGACCAAGCGGAUCCGCGUGGGCCUGCAGGCUCAGCCAAUGCUCAGCGAGCUGGUCAGGAAGAUCCUCGGGAACAAGGCCACUUUCAGUCCUAUCGUCACUUUGGAGCCUCGACGGAGGAAAUUCCACAAGCCUAUCACCAUGACCAUCCCCGUCCCCAAAGCUGCCAGCGAUGUUGUGCUGAACGGCUUUGGGGGAGAAGCGCCGACGCUGAGGCUGCUGUGCAGCAUAACAGGUGGGACCACCCCCGCCCAGUGGGAAGACAUCACGGGGACCACGCCGCUGACGUUUGUCAACGAGUGCGUCUCCUUCACCACCAACGUGUCGGCCAGGUUCUGGCUGAUAGACUGCCGACAAACCCAGGAAUCUGUGGCCUUCGCCUCCCAAGUGUACCGUGAAAUCAUUUGCGUGCCGUACAUGGCCAAGUUCGUGGUGUUCGCCAAGUCCCACGACCCCAUCGAGGCCAGGCUGCGGUGCUUCUGCAUGACGGACGACAAGGUGGACAAGACGCUGGAGCAGCAGGAGAACUUCGCUGAGGUGGCCCGGAGCCGGGACGUGGAGGUGCUCGAAGGAAAGCCCAUCUACGUGGACUGUUUCGGCAACCUCGUGCCGCUGACCAAGAGCGGCCAGCACCACAUAUUCAGCUUUUUUGCCUUUAAAGAGAACAGACUUCCUCUCUUUGUCAAGGUACGAGACACAACUCAGGAACCUUGCGGACGACUAUCAUUUAUGAAAGAGCCAAAAUCCACAAGAGGCCUGGUGCAUCAAGCGAUCUGCAAUUUAAACAUCACUCUGCCUGUCUACAUAAAGGAGUCAGAGUCCGACCAAGAACAGGAGGAAGAGGUCGAUAUGACAUCAGAAAAAAACGAUGAGACAGAGUCGACAGAAACGUCUGUCCUGAAAAGCCAUCUGGCCACGGAGGCCCCGGCCCUGGCCAGCCCGGACUUGCUCUCGGAGGUCUCCGAGGUGAAGCAGGACCUGAUCAAGGUGACGGCGCUCCUGGCCACGGGCGCGGCCGGCAGGGCGGGCGCCCUCGGGGAGAAGGCGCUGGCUGGGGCCGUGGAGGAGGAGCCGGGGGAGCCCUUUGAGAUCGUGGGGAGAGUGAAGGAGGACUUGGAGAAGGUGAACGAGAUCCUGAGGGGUGGGGCCUGUGCAGGGGGCAGCGGCCACGGGCCGGGGCCCCAGCCUGAGGGGGAGCUGGCUGACGAGGAGUGGGUGCUCGUCAGUGACGAGGAGGUAGCGGAGGCUAAGCAGAGGGCCCCCCUGGAGGUCCCCGAGAUCCCCUGUGUAGAGAUUAGGCUAGAGAAGGAAACCCCAGCACAGGGACAGAAGGACGCCACGGGGCUGGUCACCUACCUCACGGAGGAUCUGAACUCCUACCCAGCGGCUCCUGGAGGGGCCCCAAGGCCAGCGCCCCGCGCGGCUGGGGACAAACGCUCUGGAAGCAAAGGAAAGGACGUUCCCCUGGAUGAGAAGCAGGGGAUGCAGACACAGCAGCAACCAGGCCUGGGGAUAAAGAAGCCAGUGAGGAAGAAGUUAAAGGACAAACAGAAGCAGAAGGAGGAGAGUUUACAAGCCAGCGCAGGGAAAAGCGAACUUAAACAGGGCAGUUCAGAAGAGUCCUUAGAGGAAGAGCCAGGCUUGGCGCCGGAGCCUUUGCCCAGGGGGAAGGCCACGUCCCCGGUGGUUGAGGAGACACCCAUCGGGCCCAUCAAGGACAAGGUGAAGGCCCUGCAGAAGCGUGUGGAGGACGAGCAGAAGGGUCGGAGCAAGCUGCCUGUCAGGCUCAAGGGCAAGGAAGAAGGGCCCCGGAGGGUGGGGCCCCGGCCACAGCCGGCCGCAUCACCCCCCGUGAGGCCAGAGAGGCGGGCACCUGCGUCCCCCUCCUCCAGAGCGGACAGACACUCUUCCCUCACCUCCCCGGCCAAGUCCGAGCGGCACCCUCCAGCCUCACCACCAAGUAAAACCGAGAAGCACUCGCCCGUGUCUCCCUCAGCAAAAGCCGAGAGGCACUCUCCCGGGGCCCCCUCAGGUAAACCCGAGAGGCAUUCGCCGGUGUCGCCUUCAGGUAAGACAGACAGACGCCCGCCGGUGUCGCCGUCGGGCAGGACAGAGAAACACCCCCCCGUGUCACCCGGGAGGACAGACAAGCGCCUGCCCGCGUCACCGGCUGUGAGGAUGGAAAAGCACCCUCCGGGGCCAGUCCCCGGGAAGACUGAGAAGCGCCUCUCCGUGUCCCCUUCCGGGAAGACAGACAGGGCAGCGCCAGUGUCCCCCACCUCAAAAACGGAGCGCAUCGAGGAGACCAUGUCUGUCCGGGAGCUAAUGAAGGCCUUCCAGUCGGGUCAGGACCCGUCCAAACACAAGGCUGGGCUGUUUGAGCACAAAGCCGCCAAACCGAAGCAGCUGCAGGAGAAAAACAAACUUCGGGCAGAAAAAGAAAAGGGGCCGAUACAGGCCCAGAAGGAGACACAGAGAACAGAGAGUCAGACCAUCCGACGAGGCCAGAGGUCCCCGGGAGUGGGGGCUGCAGAACCUAGAAGAGGGGCCCGCAGUGCCUUGGGGCUGAGAGAAGACACCACCGGAGGGAAGGAGACCCUCCCCACUGACAGGACAGUGCCCCCCGUGGACCCAUUGCCCAGGGAGGAGCUGGACGAGCGGGGAGACAGGGACCUCCAGAUCAGCCCCGACCGCAAAGCCUCCACCGACUUUUCUGAGGUCAUUAAGCAGGAGCUGGAAGACAACGACAGGUACCAGCAGUUCCGCCGCCAGGAGGAGCCCGAACAGGUGCCGCUGGUCCCUGAGCAGGUGCUCACCAGCCCCUUCCACACAGCCUUCCCACCAGAGCCUGGCAGCGGGCAGCUGCUCCCAGCCCUGAGCUUCCGCCUGGAUGGCAGCUGUGAAAACCUGGGGCAGGAAGGGGCGGUGGUGUCCCCGUGUGGCAGCCUGACGGAGGGGACGCUGCAGGCCAGCUCGGAAGAGAGCUACAAGCACGAGGGCCUGGCAGAGACCCCCGAGACAAGCCCGGAAAGCCUUUCGUACUCACCAAAGCAAAGCCAGGAGCCAGCUGGGGAAAUCAGUGAAAAUGCCACCUUCGUAACAGACGUUCAUUCGGUCGAAGUGCGUCCCUCCACCAAAGACACUCCGGACGGUGCUGUAGAGCCAGGUGCGGCCACUGCAGAGGGUGCGGAGCCCCGGGCCGGGUGUGUGAAGGAGGCUGCCCUGGACCCUUCCAGAGAAACCAGCCCCGAACUGGAGGAUGAUGGCCCAGGCCACCGCUCUGCGUCCUCAGCAAAGGACACGCCCCCUGGGCUGACGGCAGAUGCGCCCUGUGAUGACGGUCCACUUGCCCACGAGACACAGGCAGGACCUGGAGCUCAGGAACCCACCAGCCCCAAGUCCUCGCCGCCUGAGGCCCCUGUGAGGACUGAGCAGCCCCCAGCAGCCCCCCGCAGCCCCCAGGGGCUGGACCUGCCACUGCCCCGCCCCGACGCGGAGGCCCUCAGCCCUGGGGCUGAUGGGUCGCUGGCGGUGAGCCACACGGACUCCCUGGAGGCCAGCCCAGGGCCGGAGGACAACUCCUCACACACAACCCCAGACUCCCUGGAACCCAGCCCCCUGAGAGAGUCCCCCUGCCGCGACUCCCUCGAGAGCAGCCCCGUGGAGCCCAGGGUGAAGGCCGGAGCUCUCCUGGGCCAUGCCCCUCUUCCCGCAGCUGGUGCCAAGACCGAGCUCUUCGCUGAAGCGGCCUCCGUCCGGUCCCGGCUCCUGCGAGACCCUGAUGGCAGUGCUGAGGACGACAGCCUGGAGCAGACGUCCCUCGUGGAGAGCUCCGGCAAGAGUCCCCUCUCUCCUGACACCCCAAGCUCCGAAGAAGUCAGCUAUGAGGUCACGCCCAAGGCUUCCGAUGCAGGCACCCCCAAGCCAGCUGUGAUUCACGAAUGUGCUGAGGAGGAAGACUCUGAAAAUGGGGAGAAAAAGAGGUUCACCCCUGAAGAGGAGAUGUUUAAAAUGGUGACCAAAAUCAAAACCUUUGGUGAACUUGAACAAGAAGCCAAGCAGAAAAGGGGCUGCCGCAAGGAACCGAAGCCCGGAGAGUCUUCCUCCUCUGACCCAGAUGCCGAUGGCUCAGCAGCCGGGGCUGAGCCGCCGCAUGCACCACAUGCACAGGAUGGAAGCGACGUCCCCGUCAUGGCGACCUCAGACGGUGGGAGUGCGUCCUCCUCAGAGAGCGAGCCUGAGCUGGGGCAGCUGAGGGCGGGGGCCGACCCAGGGCUGCUCCCAGAGCCGGCCAUCCGGGUGCAGCCUCCAUCCCCGCGCCCGUCCAGCCUGGACUCAAACUCCAGCCCCGAGGAGGCUCUGUUCCAGCCAGCCACUCCCAAACAGUACACUUUCAAGAUGAACGAAGAUGCCCUGGAGGCACCCGGUAAACCAGAAGAAGAAAAAGAGCGUGACUCUUGUUCGCCUGAAGACAGUCACCCUGAUCCAACCGGAGACCUGGCUCUGCCGCACGGCGAUCUGAGCAGAGAUGCUGACCAACCCGAAACCUGCGCUGGCCAUGGGUGUGUGGUGGGGAGCUCCAGCCGCUCGGCCCCACCCAUCUUCUCGGGUCCCCCUGGCCCCACUGGGGAGGAGCUGCUCAUCCCUGAGGAACUGGCAGCGCCCCAGGGCCCUGAUGAUAAGGACUCGGGAGGAGGAGGGCUCGGGGUUUCCCAAGAGGGACCGCCACAAGCAGGUGGCCCUGGUGAGGGCGCUUCACGUCCGUCCUCUUUGCCUGACUGUACAGCAGCAGAAGACGGUGUCUCCACAUCUGCUACAGCAAAAAUGGAGGUCGCAGAGACUGACCUCGCCCCUGAGAGCUUCCCGAAGGAUGGCCCCACCCUCGCCACCUCCCCGGCCACGCAGACAGAUGGGCUGUCCGUGGGCAUCCCCGGCCACGACUCCUCCGAGGCUGAGGGAGCGGGCGACCCUCAGGCUGUGAGCCCUUAUGAAAACGUGCCCCCCGAGUCCUUUUUCUCUAGUGGAGGCAGCGAAGCCCAAACAGACGCAGGACAUGCAACCUUCCAUGCUUUCGACACGUGCUCUGCGACCGUCACACCCUCUGUGGAUGGUGUGCUGGCGGCCUGCGCCUCCAGUGGGGCUGUUUCAAGCAAAGGCCCCAGUUUUGAGGACCAGGGCCUGGAAGGUGCCUCGGAGGCCACACCGUCCGACUGUGACCCUGUGUCCUCGCAGCCCCACCUGCCUCGCUCUGCCGCUGGCGAGCACGUGAGCCGGAUUGUCAUCACCGCCACAGACGCAGAUUCCGACUGCUGGAGCGAAAUCCGCGAGGAUGAUGAAGCCUUUGAGGCCCGGGUGAAGGAGGAAGAGCAGAAGGUGUUCGGUUUGAUGGCGGACAGACAAUCGCAGGGCACCACCCCGGACACCACUCCCGCGCGGACCCCUACCGAGGAGGGGACCCCGACCAGCGAGCAGAACCCCUUUCUCUUCCAGGAGGGCAAGCUGUUCGAGAUGACCCGCAGCGGGGCCAUCGACAUGACCAAAAGGCCCUAUGCAGAGGAGAGCUUCCACUUUUUCCAGAUUGGCCAAGAGUCUGGGGAAGAGGCCAUCCCUGGCGACGUGAGAGAAGGGGGUGCUGCUGUUGAGCCCCUGCGGCCCCAGACGCCAGCCCUGACCCCAGCAUUUUCAGGAUUGACAGACACAGAUGAGAUCAACUUGCUCCCCAAUGUCCUGAGUGAGGAAGGAGAGGUACCCCCGGCCUCAGAUGGCAGCCUCUGCUCCCAGAUGGGGGCCCCAGCGUCCGAGGAUGCCCUGUCAGCAGAGGGGGCCGUUUCUGUGGGCGCCAAGGGCCUGCCCCCCACACAGGGCAGCAAGGCGCUGGCCGGCCCCGCCUGCCCAGAGCCCGCUGUCCAGGCUGCGCUGGACUUCUCCACGGUCACCAGGUCCGUGUAUGCAGAUCGGGACGAUUCUCCUGACUCCUCCCCGGAGGAGCAGAAGUCCGUCAUUGAGAUCCCCGCCGCAGCCGUGGAGAGUGCGCCUUGUCCCGAGAGCAAGUCCAAGAUCCCCGUCAGAACCGCGGCCCCGGCCCAGGGGGAGAGGGCCCCGCCUCAAGGCCUGCCCAGCCCAGAUGAGGACAGGGCUGAGUCAGAGGAAAGGCCAAAGUCUAAAAUCCCUGUGAAAGCGCCCCUCCAAGGGGCUGGGCAGCAGACCCCGCCCCAGGGCACCGCCCUGCCCAAGACAGUGGCCCCUCAGGGACAGGACGUGCCGAGCAGGGCCACAGACGACAGGGACAGGCAGGAGUCUGGUGCCAGUGCAGGGAGAGCCCGAAGCUGCGCUGAGGCCGAAGCGGCGGGUGGGGCAGGGGCAGAGGCAUCUGGGCUGCAGUCAGAGGGCACGGCCUCGAGCCCCCGGCUGCUGGUGGCCCGCCCACCGGCGAAGGGCAGGGGGACCCCACGGGAGAGCAAGGAGCAGUUCUUGGGCCUGUGCAGGGACUCCCUCGAGUUCUUUGAGGAGAUCAGUGACCAGGCGGCCAAGCUAGUGGACAGGCUGGCCCAGGCAGAGGGGGAGCAGGAGGUGGUUUCCGAUGACGAGAGCAGUAGCACCCUGGACGUGUCCGUGAUCGAAAACCUGCCGCCUGCCGGGGCCGCGCCCCCGGCCCCCGAGGACGUCUUUGACACAAGGCCCGUUUGGGACGAGUCCGUUGAGACUCUGAUUGAGCGCGUCCCCGAUGAGAACGGCCAUGACCGCGCUGAAGAUCAGCAGGAAGAACAGCGGCGGAUGGAGGAGCGACUGGCCUAUAUCGCUGACCACUUGGGCUUCAGCUGGACAGAGUUAGCCCGAGAGCUGGACUUCACCGAGGAGCAGAUCCAUCAGAUCCGAGUCGAGAACCCCAACUCCCUGCAGGACCAGAGUCACGCGCUGCUGAAGUACUGGCUGGAGCGCGACGGGAAACUUGCCACCGACACCAGCCUCAUUGGCUGUCUCACCAAGAUCAACCGGAUGGACAUCGUUCACCUCAUGGAGGCCAGCACCGAGCUGCCCCUGGAGCGCGGCAGCCUCAGCUUUGUGGCCGAGAUGGAGCUGUCCGCCGCGCCGGACCACAGCGAAGGGUUCUCCGCCCUCCAGGAGGAGAUGUCUGUCCCGCACGCAUCCCGGGAAGGCGGGUCCUGCGGCCACCCUCCUCUUGUCUCAGACGAAGACCCCUCCGUCGGCUACUCCACCUCCCAGGACUGCACCCUCAGAACAGAUGGGGACAGCCCAGCAGCCGGGCACAUCCCCCACACUCAGAAGCAGCAGGGGCCUCAGGGCCUGUUGGGGUCGGCACCCACGGAGCCAGCCCUGGAGCAGGAGCACUUUGUGACGACCCCAGGGACGGAAGGGUCAGACACUGAAAAGGCUACGUCUGCACCUGGCUCUCCCAGCGGGACCCCCGAGGAGAGGCGCCACCUGCAGACCCCAUCCCCCGCCCCUGGGCAGCGGGCCGACUCGCCCCUCGUGCAGGAGCCAGAGGAGCCCCCGGGCCCCAGGGGGCGCGGCUCUCCCCGGAAAACCAGCCUCGUGAUCGUGGAGUCCGGGGACGACCAGCUUCCGGCCGUCGAGAGCCUCGAUGCGGACUUGGCCUUCCAGGAGGAGCUCGCGGCCGAGCUGGGUGAGCUGGAGGCCAGUUCCGACGAGGAGGCGACAGUCACCACCAGGGUCGUCCGCCGGCGCGUGAUUAUUCAGGGCGACGACGUGCCGGACGUGCCCCCGGAGACGGCCACGGAGCAGGAGUACGUGGACGAGCAGGGGCGCACCGUGGUGAGGAAGGUCACCAGGAAGGUCAUCAAGCGGUACGUGUCUGCCGAUGGCGUGGAGCGGGAGGAGGUCACCGUGCAGGGACGGCCCCAGGAACCUGUCAGCGUGGAGGAUGGGGACGGCUUCUCCAAAGUCAUAAAGCGCGUGGUGCUGAAGAGUGACACCGAGCAGUCAGAGGUGACCCUGUCUGAGCACGGCACACCGUGCGAGGCCUCGCAGUUCCAGGCGGAGCCCGUGGAGGGCCGGCGGGUCAGCAGAGUCGUCAAGACGACGGUGGUGCGUGGGCAGCGGUUGGAGAAGUGCCUGGGGGACCCCUGUCUCGCCCCUGACCUGCCCUCCGCCAAGGACGACUUUGAAGAGGCGUUGAGUUACGCAGGUAGCCACGCGCGCGUCCACCUCCCCAGCUUAGUAGAGAAUCAGAUCCUGAGCAAGGAUGGAUCGGUCAUUACAAGGACGACGCUCAGUAAGGCCAGCACGCGGAAGAGGGCGGUGGUGAAGGACCGGCAGGGGGCGCACGUGCACCUGGAGCGGCUGGAGGAUGUGCCCGCGGCCCAGGAGCAGGACGCCUUCCAGCGCGACCUCCAGCGACUGCUGCGGCAUUUCUGCCAGGACGGCCCGGAGCAGGAGGCCCAGUGAGGGUGCCCGGGGCGCACGCCAGGACCCCCGCACCCCUUCCGGUGCCUGGCAACCCCGUUUUCUGGCAGAGCAGCCUGUCCGGCCCCGGGACCCCGGUGUCCCCCACUUCAGCACACACGCCGCCCUGGGUUAGCUUGCCCCACCCCCGUUAGCUGUACGCAAAUUUGUGACCAAAGAUAGCACCCUCCUCCUGGGUGCUGUGUCCCCGGCGUCCUGGCCCCCGGGCCAGCCCGGGCACCGGCCACCCUCGUCCCUCACCUCCGCACAGGCUCCACGCCACGCCGUCGACCAGGGCAGCUGCCUGCGCACCUCUUCCUGGGACGU